CUAUGUACACACAUUUUGAAAUUCAAUCAUAAAUGAAUAGCUUCUGACAUCAACUCGCAUCCAUUUUUUGAUUUAAAAUGAAGUUCAGCUCCGAGGAGACAUUGUUCGUUACUAUCAUCAUUGCAGCCAUCGUGUCUUUACAAGGGGUAACAAGUCAGUCAGAAUGGCACCGACUGGAUGACGCAGUCUAUCUAGUGGACAGCAUCACCCGAUUAGACUACGAUCAGGCGCAGGCUCUCUGUCAAGGUUACGGAGCGAAUCUAGCAAGGGUUGACUCAGACGAGAUCCAGGCUUUCUUGACGAGUUUCAUCACUCCGCCUUUAAGAGAUACGCGGUGCUUUUGGAUUGGUUGCAAUGACAGAGAGGUCGAAGGUCAAUUCAGAUGGCUUGACAGCACACCAGUGAUAUAUGAUGGUUGGGCCCAAGGUCAACCAGAUAAUAGGGGUCGAGAUCAAAAUUGUGCUUGCCUCUGGUCGAGCAGAAGUAAUGACAAACAUGGACAAUGGGACGAUGACCGCUGUACAGUAGACAGAAACAUGAUUUGCCAGAAAGGAAUUUAUAAUUUCCGACUCAUGAUCCCUCGAACCAAUCCCGGUUUCGCUUAUGUCUACUGCGCAGCCGACGCCGAAAUCGAAGGAGAAACACUGUCUCCAGAUGACGUCAAGGUAUCCAUCGGUCAAACUCUUUCGUCAUCGAGACCGAUUUCCUUCUCAUCGACGAGUCUUGACGGUGAAUUCCGUAAUAAUAGUUUCCUCCUUUACAACGUGACCGAAGGCGACCAAAUCUUCUGCUACGCUGGUGAACUGCCGGACCAAAAUAGAUCCUUUUCACUGGCUACGCUUUCUGCUAUCUUUGAUUUUUACGCUUUGCCAGAGCUACCAUCCGGCCCAACAGUCGGAGAGAUCAGCUCGUCAUCAGUCACUGUCUUCUGGAGCUCUUGGAUACCUUGCCUGGAUCCUGGCGAUGGACCUAUUGUUGGUUACCUUAUCUAUCAGCAAACCAUGGAAGAGGAACAAUGGACAGUGGCUGGUAGAAUCGAUUCGGGUGUGGGAGAGGGCGAUCUUCAACGAAUAAUGGAGUUUGUAUUGACUGAGUUGGAACCAGGAACAGAAUACAAUAUCAGUGUGUCUGCCGUCAGAGAAGGUCCCGGCGGAGAAGGACCAAGAAGUCCACUUGUGGCUGUUACGACUGCUUCCCUCGAGAGUCAACGCCUGAGGAAGACUAAUGCUGCUUGGAUGGUUUUAUUCGUGAUAUCAUUCUUGGGGAUCAUCAUACUUGCUAUUGCCAUAGUGAUUUUAUGCAAGCGGAAGCAGAAGAAGGAAGACCUGUCUCGUUUACGUGCUGCCCCAUCAGCAGGCGACCCAAAGAGCCCUCAUUACGAGCUGCCUCAACCGAGUGUAGUCAGGCCACCUGCCUACCAGGACCUCAAAAGAACGGGGAUCAGCAACAUCAAAGAAGAGGUUUACGCUGACAUCAUUGAUCCAGAGAAACCGGAAUACGUCAAUAGUCCAUCUGGAGUACAAAAGUAAUCACUUAAGACUGCGUCGACGACACCGUGGUAUUUGACGUGCAAUGAAGUGACAUCGUACGAGGUGUGGAUGAAAGUUGGUUUAUUACUGGACUGCAAAAGGUCACGACUUGUUGGAGACACAUAAUUUCGAGGAAGAAAAAAAAAAUCCGCGAAUAAGCGACAAUUUCAGGUGGAAUAUACCCUGAAUUUUCGCCUGGAUUCACAUAAAUGUCUUGCUGAGUUGUUUAUUAAACCCAAUUUAGUCACAAAGUGUCGUAGUUCUGUCGCAAUUUUGUCGCGCUCACUCGGGUUCGCGCCUAUCUCGAACACGGAAUUUUCGAGAAGGGUUCUAGACGGGCUCGAGACUCCCGUUUACGACCCUUAGGCUGCUUUGAGAGAAUUUUUGUUCGCACGAUUUUAAUUUUAAUGCUCAAAAUUCCAGGGACACGAAAGCGAGGCACUGCAACUAACGCGAAUAUAUUGAGAAGCCACGCGAUUGUUUCCAGACGGUUAGGAAACUCCCUCGCGAAUGCCGUUUCCAAUUUGUCGCCAACUAUCGCAGCCCAGUGAGAUUGACGCUGAAGUUAAUAAUAGCAAUUAUAUACCUCACUUUAGAAAUCCACUAUUGACCGGUUUGGGCAUUUUACGUAUAUGCGUGCAAUCUCAAUGGGAAGGAUUUUACAUGAUCGUGCUAUCACCCCUCGGGACGCCUCGGGGCGAUAGCACGAUCACGUAUUCAAGUAUUCAAGUAUUCAAUUUAUUUUACAUCACUUUAAAAACAC